UGCACUCACUAAGGAGACCAAAGGAUGGUGUCCUCUCCUAGAACAGAGUAUCCUACUACUCUUCAUUAUCGUGAACGAUCUCAUCGCAUUUAACAUAAUGCAUCGGGCGAUCCAUGAUAUGGUACGAGGGAUACCAGGGAGCGAGGGUCGGCGCCUCGUUGUGAGCACAACUUUACAUUUCCUGGUACUUACUGUAUCCUGAUGAUGUAGUGUUAGUAGGAAAUAGUGAAAGCUACUUAGAACAAAAACAAAAAUUCAUUUUAUGAUAUAAUAUAUUGAAGUACUAAACAACUAAAAAAUCACUUAAAAAUUAAACACUAAACCAAUUAAACUAAAAAUCAAAUAAAGUCUAUCACACAAACAACUUGGUUUCACAAAUAAAAAUAACAAUAUUUAUUAAUAUAACAUAAACAUUUUCACAUAACCAAACUAAACGGCAAGUAAUUUUUGUUUAGAAAAGUUUAAAAUUACGUUUACGCGUGCGUUUACCUAAAAGAAAUUACAUACGAAGGUAGGCAACCCCUUGGAUAUCAUUGAUACAGCAUACCGAUUUUACACACAAGAUUACAGCCUGUAAUUCGAGUUUACCGUACGUAAUCAGUUUACGUAAAUGAUACAGCAUAGCCCCCAUUGUCUCAAGUCACAGUUUUUUUGCUAUUCGAAUUGUUGUAUAAACCUAUAUACUGUGCUCAAGUACGAUUGCGCGAAGCCGUGGUGGAAUUUACGAGACCAGCUCGGUCUGUAGAUGUAGAUCCAAGUUUAUCUCUUCUCUAAAAUUAAUAAUAAUAAUAUAGUAUAUAGUAUACAGAUUCUGUAUUACAGAAGCUCCAAACAAAAAAAUGAUUCCUAUUUUUAUUGCUUAUUAGCUAUGGAAGUUAAAACGGAAAUUAAGGAAGAGUUUAGAAAAUAUGAGCAAAAAUAUGAGGAGAACCAACUAUCCACAGCAGUAGACCUUGGAGAAUGUAAGGAUGAACCAGGCGAUAGUUCAGCUAUGAAAGUUAAAAUGGAAAUUAAAGAGGAGUUUAGAGAGUGUGAGCAAACAUAUGAGGAGAACCAAUUAUUCACAGCAAUAGACCUUAGAGAAUGUAAGGAUGAACAAGGGAAUAGUUCAGGUUUUCUUCAGAGUGUGGUCAAACCGGAAUCUGGAAAAUCUUUGGCGACUUUCAUCCGAGAAAAUUCGUACAAGUGUGAAACAUGUCUAAAGGAAUUUACAUUAUCGAGUUAUUUAAGAAAACAUUUAAGGAUCCACACUGGAGAAAAGCGUUACAAGUGUGAACUUUGUUUUAAGCAAUUUAGUGCAGUUGGAAGUUUAAAAAGGCAUAUGCUAAUACACACUGGAGAGAAGCCUUACAAGUGUGAAAUUUGUUCUAAGCAAUUUAGUCAAGAUGGAGAUUUGAAAAGGCAUGUAACGAUACACACUGGAGAAAAACCUUACAAGUGUGAAAUUUGUUCCAAGCAAUUUAGUCAAGAUAGAAGUUUGAAAAACCAUUUAAGAAUACAUACUGGAGACACACCGUUCAAGUGUGAAAUUUGUUGUAAGCAAUUUAUUCAAAGUGGACACUUAAAAAAACAUUUAAUGAUACACACUGGAGAAAAGCCGUAUAAGUGUGACAUUUGUCUUAAACAGUUUACUUAUGCAGCUAAUUUGAAAGACCAUUUGAGAAUUCACACUGGUGAAGUAUGUUUCCAGUGUGAAAUUUGUUUUAAGCCGUUUACUGCAACAAGUGAUUUGAAAAAACAUUUGAGAGUGCACACUGGAGAAAAGCCUUACAAGUGUGAAAUUUGUUCUAAGGAAUUUAGUCGAAGUGAACAUUUAAAAAUGCAUCUAAGGGUACACACUGGAGAAAAACCUUACAAGUGUGAAAUUUGUUCUAAGCAAUUUAGUCGAAAUGAAUGCUUGAAAAAUCAUGUAAGGAUCCACACUGGAGAAAAGCCUUACCAGUGUAAAAUUUGUUUUAAGAAAUUUAGUGACGGUGGAAAUUUGAAAAGCCAUUUGAUAAUACACACUGGAGAAAAGCUGUAUAAGUGUGAAAUUUGUUUUAAACAGUUUGGUCAUGCAACUAAUUUGAAACAACAUUUGAGAAUUCACACUGGGGAAAAGCCUUACAAGUGUGAAAUUUGUUUUAAGCAGUUUAGACAAGCAGCUAAUUUAAAUGUACAUAUGAGGAAACACACCGAAGUCUUACAAUUGUGAAGUUUAUUUUAACCUUUAACUACACGCGCAUUAGGGUGGUCCAAAAAACUAAAGUUUUUUUAAGAGACCUAGGGACCCUCCCAUUUUAUUAUAUCUAAUAAAAGAAUAAUCUGUGCCAAAUCUUAACAUUCUAGAACAGGGGUUCCCAAACUGGGGGGCGCGCCCCCCCCCCUGGUGGGCGUGAGGACAUAUCAGGGGGCGAGAGACAAGUUAAAAAUUAAAUUAAAUUUAGUUAUUUUUCUAAAAUUCAAAAUUAACCGCUUGUUAAACUGUGUCUAGUAACGCAGAGUAAGCAAAAGUUAUCUCAAAUACCUCUUUUUGACAACACUGUGAUUGAUUUUGACAACAGUAAUAAUAUGACCGAAGGCAUACAAAACCAGGUAGUUGACGCAGUAAAAUAAUCGCCAUUUUUUGCUAUUCAGCUAGACGAGAGUACUGACAUAGAACAAUGUUAUCAGUUAAUUGUUUAUGUUCGGUAUAAUCAAAACGAAAGAAUGAAAGACAAGCUACUCUUUUCUACAGAGUUGGAGACUGGAGUCCACGACAAAAGCUAUUAAUGUUAUGAAAGCAGUGUGAGAGCUUUUUGACGAACAUGAACUCUCUUGGCAAAAACUGAUCAGUUUAUGUACAGAUGGCGCACCUUCAGUGCUUGGUUUUCGCUCAGGCUAUUUGCAAUUAGUAAUAGAGAAAAAUGCUGAUGUGAUUGGGAUACAUUGUUUUAUACAUCGACAAGCCUUGUCAGCAAAAACCCUUCCAAAUGAACUUAUGGCUGUCUUAAAGUUGUGUAUUAAAAUAGUAAAGUACAUAAAAAACAGUGCGUUGAAUACUCGACUGUUUAAAACUCUUUGUGUAGAUUUAGAAAGUGAGCACAAAACUGUGUAAAGUUCUGUGUAAAGCAUACUUUAUACAGAAGUACGAUGGCUCUCAAAAGGAAAUAUGUUGGCAAGAUUAUUUGACCUUUGAGAUGAAGUAAUCACCUUGGAACAUCAAAAGCAAAUGGCUAAUGACCUAAACAUGGCCUUCAAAAAACAUUGUACCCAAGUAAUAUUGGCCAAUUUGUCAGACAUCUUUGACUCGUUGAACAGCCUUAACGGAAAACUGCAGGGUGGAGACUCAAAUAUAGUAGUUACUCAUUGUGAUGGAGGCUUAGUAACUCAACUUUGGAGGGUAAAAUAUCAGAAGAAACACGCUUCAAGGACAUUUAUGAAGGAUCAAGUUUGAAUAUCCAAAUAUCAAACCAUUUGGAGAGCCUAAUUGAAGGGUUCCAGAAAUACUUCCCAAACAGUUGUGACAAUUUUAUUUACUGAAUGUCAACUGAUCCAUUCUAUGUCAACAUAGACUCCCUGCCUGAAUCAGUUCAAGAAGAUGCUUUGCAAAUAAAUCCAAAUGAUUUUUUGCACGAUUCCUCUGCUAAAUACUUUGUUAUAAUUGACAAACCUUCAUUUUUAUUAAAAUAUUUCAAAGUGUAUCUUAGUGUAUCACGUGAAGCUCUUCAUUUAUAUUUGCCUUUUUCAAGUAACUAUUUGUGCGAUUUUCAAAACUUGUGGCAAUUAAAACAAAGUAUCGGAAUAAACUUGAUGUUGCUAGUGACUUGUGCUGUGCACUUACUAAAAAUUAAGCCACGAAUAGGCAUACUAAUAAAUAAAAUACAAGCACAUCCAUCUCACUUAUCAACCUAAUCUAUUUUUGGAGGUGUAACCAGAGAAGGUUCCCAUUGUUUUCAGUCUGGUGGGAUGUAGAGUAACAUUAUGUUAUUUUAUAUGCCAUUAGAGUGAAAACUUAGUCUUUUGCUAGCAGUUGCCGCUAGGGCAUUUAUGCCAUUUCGUUCGUUGCAAUCCAGGACUGCACGCCGGGGUUUGUUUUGGUUGGAUCAGAGAGAGCAGCAUAUGUGCCUCCUGAUGAGAGACUAAUAAGUUUCGAAACCGGUAGAGGCGCUUGCUGCGCUCUCUGAUUGGACUGGAAUAUGUUCGGGCUGUAUUUUCAUUUUGCAACGAAAUUGAAAAUGGUUAUUCAUUUUUGAUUUGUAUGUUUACUCUGAUUGGAGUACGAAGGGAACCAUUCUCGUUGGAACUUUACCGCGCUGAGCAGAUGGGACGUGAAUUAUAAAUUGUAAAAUUCCCUCAUCUUCCUUAGUCUCAGCAUUCGCAUGGCUUGCAAAUUGUAGACCACAAUUAAACCGGAGGUGUAACCAGAGAAGGUUCCCAGUGUUUUCAGUCUGGUGGGAUGUAGAGUAACAUUAUGUUAUUUUAUAUGCCAUUAGAGUGAAAACUUAGUCUUUUAAUCUAUUUUUCUUUUAUUAAUAAUUUUUGUAUUUUACGGAAACUGAUAUGGUUGUAUCUUAUGGCAGAAUAAAUAAAUAUUUUGUGUUCAAGCUAAUACUUAUUUGUUUUUGUUUUGUUCCUAUUAAGGCGCAUACAAUUUAUUCUAAAGGGGGGGGGCGCGAGAAGCUUUCAUUUUAACAAAAGGGGGCGUGGUACAAAAAAGUUUGGGACCCCUGCUCUAGAACAUAUGGAAGGCAGUGCUCAACAACAUUUAAUUCAUAAUAAUCAACAUUAUGCAAAGCUUUUUAAACAAACACCCAAGUGAAUGGGAACAAGACUCGUCAAAGAGGCAAAAAAUACAGUAAAUAAAAUCAAAGUGGUCAAUGACAUCGCAGAAAGAGGUGUAAAACUAUUUCAAGAUUUUAACAAACUCAACAAAUGAUGAGGACGAAAAACAGCUGUUACUGCAGAUUGUAGAGGCUAAUCAAAAACAAGUCCUGAUUGAGCCAACAAAGAAGGCCGUUAUAGAAAGCCUACAGAAACCAUUCAUUUCCAAAAACAAAAUUUAAAGAGUUCAGUUUUAUUAUGGUCUUCACCAUAAAAUGUACUUAUUUUAACCAUAGGUUCUAAUGUAAAAUAAACAAAUAAAGUUUUUGUAUCCUAA